AUGCUCAGGCCACGGACAAAACUAGAAUGGGCUUACUUUGGCAUCACGACGGCGCAGGCCGUCGUCACCAUGGCCUUGCAACUCACCGUCCUCGUCAACUACCUUGACUGGGUGCAUCCAUGGGCGUAUCAAGUGCCUCUCGCAUACACCUUCCCCAUCUCCAUCGCCGUCUUCAUCGCGGGCACGACCUACCAGGCCAUCCUGACGGUCGACUCGUUCCGGCUCAAGAGCAACAUCCAGAUCUUCGCCCAAUGCACGGCCAACGCCUGCCUCUCCAUCUCGUCGACGCUGCAAUACGACCAGCUCCGGCACGCGGCCCACCAGGUCGCCACCGGGCGCGCCACCACGCCGGCCGACGCGCCCUUCGCCAAGGCGCGCCCGUUCUGGACGGCGGGCACCAACGGGCUCCUCAUCGGCAGCAUCGCCGCGUCCUUUGCCAGCACGGGGGCCAUGUGCUGCCUCGCGGCGCCGCUGCACCGCGAGUUCUCGUGGGCGCUGUACAAGGACCUCAGCGCCGACGCGCGCACGCGGUCGCGCUACCUGGCCUACCAGGCGUACCUCGUGCUCAUCAAGCUGGCCUUCUACUUCGUCUUCUCCUUCGUCGCCAUCUACGCCUUCGUCGACAACGCGCCGCACUUUGCCCGCCCCGCCUUCGGCCUCACCCUCGCCGUCAUCCCCCUCUCGCUGCUCACCGUCGCCGUCGCCGUCUACUCGACCCGCGCCGAGGCCCGCGCCGGCAUGGCCCUGACCGUCGCCCUCUACCUGGCCGCCGUCGCGUGGCUGCUGUCGCGCAUGGCCGUGCUGGUGUGCGGCGGCGCCGAGGCGGAGGUGCCCGUCAUGCGCAACGAGCAGCUGCUCUUCGUCGUCGCCGCCGUCGUCUUCCUGCUCGCCGCCACCGCCGCCGCCGUGCGGUGCCUGCUCAACUUCGGCAAGGGGCUGAAGCCCAUCUUGCUGGGCCAGGCGCGGCGGAAGCUGGGUCCAACCGCCGGUGCUGGUGCCGGUGCCGGUGCCGCGGGUGCAGCUGGCCCGUCGUCGUCCAUCAACGGAUCGAACCGUGUCGAGAGUGAGGAGUACUACUUCCAGAGGCUGAAUCACGGGUCGAGUACGCUGGAUUUGAAUGGGAGGUUUGAGUUGGAUUGA